AUUUCAUAAAUACUGGUUAGGGUUUGGGUUUGACCGCCAUUAACAAGAAAGUCCAUCUCUUUUUCUCUGUGCUGCGUCCGAUCCAGCACGAAUGCUUUGGUUCAUUGAAGAGAAGAUGAAGAAGGGUUGAGAGAGAGAGAGGGAGUGGAUCAUGGUGCUGCCAUUGGUGAAGCUUGGAACUUUAGCGGUGAAGACGUUGUCAAAGCCCAUAGCUAACAGGCUCAAGAAGGAAGCCGGCAAUUACCCUAAGUUUCGCCUUUUCAUCAUUAACAUCGCUCAGAUUAAUCAUCGUUUCUCAACGUCCCUGCAAAGACGUCUUUACAGCCAUGCAACAAAUGUUAAGAUCCGUCCUCUGGAUGAAGAGAAAGCUGUUCAAGCUGCAGCAGAUCUUCUCGGAGACGUCUUUGUUUUUCUGGUUGCUGGCGGUGUUCUAAUUUUUGAGGUACAAAGAAGUGCAAGAUCUGAAUCCAGAAAGGAAGAAGCAAGGAAGCAGGAACUCCAGGCAUUAAAAGAUAAAGACGCAGAUUUAGCAAGAGAAGUCGAAGAUCUUAAGCGGAAAAUAAAUGAGGUAGAGUCUCUCGCCCGGGGGCGAGGAUUGACGGGAAUUUUAAACUUAAAGCAAGGAAUGGUUUCGGAAAGCAGCAAACCAGUAGCAGCUGCCUGACGAUGGAUUCUUCUUCGAAGAAAUGUGGGGUCCUGUAACAAAGUCAGCAUUGGUACUACAUUAUUGAUUAUUUGCAUUUUGGGUGUUCUUCACUCAACUUGUGCUAUUUCUUACUUGAUUACAUUCAUUUUUGAAUAAGGUGAUUGUUUGCAAUGGAGGUUUGAUUAUGUUUAUAAUCAACUUACCAUGUUGCCUAAUAGAUCUGUAAAUGUUGCUUCAAUGAGCAGCUUAUCCUACUUUGUUUACA